UGGAUCCUGGGAAGCUGGGUUUUCGGGGACGAACUGAGGGUUCCCAGGGCUCUCGGGGCCGACCCGAGCGUGUAGUCAGGGUGGCUGUGUGUGGACCCCUUGGUCCGAGUGGGCCUGGACCCGUGCGGGAAUAGCCUGCCCGGCGGAGCCGCUCGGGAGGCCUGCGGAUCCCGGCUUUCCCAUUGGGCGGAGCCAGCGCGCGCAGUGGGGCCUUAGUCUUCCACCCACUCCGACCCAGGAGAAGAGAUGGAAUGGUCUUUUUAAGUGACAACGCAUGGCUGUGCCCCAGGCUUUCCUACCGGUGGCCCUCCAUGAGCUCCUAGUACCUCAAUGGAGCCCUCAGCCUGCCUUCGAAGCUUGGCUGAGGGCUUCUUGGAGGAGGAGCUUCGGCUCAACGCUGAGCUGAGCGAGCUGCAGUUUUCAGAGCCAGUGGGCAUCAUCUACAAUCCUGUGGAGUAUGCGUGGGAGCCACAUCGCAGCUAUGUGACUCGCUACUGCCAGGGCCCCAAGCAAGUGCUCUUCCUGGGGAUGAACCCGGGACCUUUUGGCAUGGCCCAGACUGGGGUGCCCUUUGGGGAAGUGAGCAUGGUCCGGGACUGGUUGGGCAUUGGGGGGCCUGUGCUGACUCCUCCCCAAGAGCACCCUAAACGACCAGUGCUAGGACUGGAGUGCCCACAGUCAGAAGUGAGCGGUGCCCGAUUCUGGGGCUUUUUCCAGAACCUUUGUGGACAACCUGAGGUCUUCUUCCGUCACUGCUUUGUCCACAAUCUGUGUCCACUGCUAUUCCUGACUCCCAGUGGGCGCAACCUCACCCCUGCCGAGCUGCCUGCCAAGCAGAGAGAACAGCUUCUUGGGAUCUGUGAUGCGGCCCUUUGCCGGCAGGUGCAGCUGCUGGGGGUGCGGCUGGUGGUGGGAGUGGGGCGACUAGCAGAGCAGCGGGCACGGCGGGCUCUCUCAGGGCUAAUGCCAGAGGUCCAGGUGGAGGGGCUGCUGCACCCCUCUCCCCGUAACCCACAGGCCAACAAGGGUUGGGAGGCAUUGGCCAAGGAGAGACUGAAUGAGUUGGGGCUGCUGUCCCUGCUAUCAAAAUGAGAACCCCUGGGGCCAGGCAUAGGACAUGUUCAAGGUCUCCAGGUCAUUUUUGCGCAAGCAGAAGACAAAACACUCCCUGGACUAGAGCCAAAAGGUCCUCUUGGGCUCCCUGGUGGCUGGGAAACAUGCUCUCUGAUCUGUUGACUGUCUACCAACCUGCCGUGGCGGUUUUGACACUACUCCAGUUCACCCUCCUGAUCCUUGCUUUUUUCACCACCCUUUGAGCAUCAUACCACCCUUUGUGAUAUCUCAUUCCACAGAGAAUCAGAAGGGGGGCUUUGUGGCACUUGCAGACUGCUCUACCUCAUCAUUUCCUUGGGAAACUAUUCAGCGGAGAGUGACCCAAACAGUGACUUCUAAGGUCAUAUUUGCUGUUUCAGAUGAAAUACCAUGCCAAGAUCCUUACCAUCCUUACAGAACAGCGUCCUGCUGCUGACUCCUCCUCUCAGGGUCAGGACAAAGCAUAGGACAUGAUGUUAAGAUGGAACUGAUUAUGGGAAGCCAGGGCUGGACCAGACGGAGAAUUCAGCGUUGUGGAAUGGGAAGGAUAGAAGACCUGGAUUUUCUUUCUUUUUUUUUUUCAUUUUGAGAUAGUCUUGUUUUGUCGCCCGCAGUAGAGUGCUGUGGCAUCAUAGCACACAGCAACCUCAAACUCUUGGGCUUAAAGAAAUUCUUUUGCCUCAGCCUCCCAAGUAGCUGGGACUACGGGCACCCGCCACAACGCCCAGCCAUUUUUUUUUUUUUUUUUUCCGAGACGGGGUCUUGCUCUUGCUGAGGCUGGUCUUAAACUUGUGAGCUCAGGCAAUCCAUCUGCCUUGGCCUCCCAAGUGCUGGAAUUGCAGACGUGAGCCACUGCUCCUGUCCUGAUAAGACCUGGAUUUUCAUCUCAGCUUUGAUGGACUUGUGAACUUCCUGAUGGACAAUUGGUUAGCCUCAGGAUUCCUCCUCACAAGUAGGGGAUGCCUACUCCUGAGGUAGGUGUGAGGAUUAACCGAGAUAACACUGGCAAGCGCCUUGCACAGGCCUGGCGCACGGCUGCUAUUUACAUACUCUUCUUGCAUUCUUGCCUCUGGUUUGGGGACUCACUGCACAGCACUACAAGGGGAGCCCCCCCUGCACUCUGAAGACUUUGCUAGGGGGAGUUUGGGCUUCCACCUGUGGCCAGGGUGGAGGAACAAAUUCUUGCCCUGCCAGAGAUGGGACCAUGGACCAGUGGCUAUGAAAACACAGCUUGCAAUUUUUUCAGUUUAAGCAUUAAAAGCUCCUAAACACUUUUGUCUUGGUACUUUUAUUCCCCCCUCCCACAUAUCAGGGUGGGAAGUAGUAGAUAUUCCCCUUUCUUACCUCUUCAUUUUUUGCAAAGGUUCUCUUGGGCAGCUGGGUUAAAGAUGUAACAGAUACUUAAUUGCCUUACCAAAGCCACAUGGCCUCUAUUGGGGGGCUACUCAGUAACUUGUAUGAUACUCAGUGGCGCUGUGAGGAGCAGGUGAUGGGUACCUGGAGCGGAUGGGUACCUGGUAGCUAACUUUUAUGUUUGCUAAAUGGCUGGUUGGGUGCCCCUUUGGCAAAGACUAGGAAAGUGAACCAAGUUGGGAGCAGAACAGAACACAUUAAGGAGGAACAUUUGGUCUACUUCCCGUGUCCUAGGACACAGGCCAUCUUUGUUUUCAAAAUAAGAUUUUUAGGGUGGUACCCGUAGUUCAGUGGGUAGGGCACAGGCCACAUACACCCAGGCUGGCGGGUUUGAACCCGGCCCAGGCCAGCUGAACAGCAAUGACAACUGCAACAAAAAAACAGCUGAGUGUUGCGGUGGGCGCCUGAAGUUCCAGCUACUUGGGAGGCCGAGGCAAGAGAAUCACCAAAGCCCAAGAGUUUGAGGUUGCUGUGAGCUGUGAUGCCAUGGCACUCUACCAAGGGUAACCAAGUGAGACUGUCUCAAAAAAAAAAAAAAAAAAAAGAUUUUUAGUACAAACCCUCUCCUUCACUGUAUAAAAAAGAAUUUCCUGGGGUGGUGCCUGUGGUUCAGUGAGUAGGGCGCUGGCCCCACAUACCCAAGCUGGCGGGUUUGAUCCCGGCCCUGGACAAACUGCAAAACAAAACAAAACAAAAAGAGCCAGAUGUUGUGGUGGGCACCUGUAGUCCCAGCUCCUCGGGAGGCUGAGGCAAGAGAAUCGCCUAAGCCCAAGAGCUGG